CACCCAGCGCGUCAUUAUCUCGGCCGGUAUAAAUUCCCAUCACCUCGCAGCCCAUGAGAUAACUUGGCCGACAAUCUGAGAAGAAUUAGAACCGUAGACAGAGGUGCCGGAGAAGAUGAACGGAUUUGAGGUUCUCAGCAGUAGCGACGAUGGAGGCGUGAAAGGUGAUAUUGAGGAGGGAACUUUGUACCCAGGGCUAGGUCACGGUGAGAACCAGCUGCGAUGGGGGUUCAUUCGCAAAGUCUACGGUAUCCUCUCCGCUCAGAUCAUCCUCACCACUGUCGUAUCAGCCGCUACAGUUCUCUACGCUCCCGUCAACCAGCUUCUCCAGGGAAAUUCUGGCCUCCUUUUGUUCUUCGUUUUCCUGCCUUUCAUCCUCUUGUGGCCCUUGCACGUGUAUCAGCAAAAGCAUCCACUGAAUUUGGUGUUCCUUGGACUUUUUACCGCAUCUUUGAGUCUCACUGUUGGCAUGAGCUGUGCUAACACAGAAGGGAGGAUUGUGCUUGAGGCUUUAAUCUUAACCUCGGCAGUAGUUUCAGCUUUAACUGGUUACACUUUCUGGGCUGCUAAGAAGGGCAAAGACUUCAGUUUCAUGGGACCUAUCCUGUUCACUGGUCUUUUUGUGCUUAUAUUGACUGGCUUCAUCCAGGCAUUUUUCCCUUUCGGAUCAACAAUGGAUGCCAUCUAUGGUGCAACCAGUGCAAUAAUCUUUUGCGGAUACAUUGUGUAUGACACAGACAACCUGAUCAAGCGGUUCACAUAUGAUCAGUACAUAUGGGCAUCUGUCACUCUGUAUCUGGACGUCCUCAACCUCUUCCUUACAAUUCUUCGGGCGCUUAAACGACACAACUAACUCCGCAAUGGCCCACCCAUGGUAUGUAUCCAAACUUCAUCCUCUGGACAAUUCUUUAUUACUACUAGUACUCGUAUUUUUUAAGGAAAGUGAAUGUGUAGAUAAAUGUUACUCUACCCGUCAACCCAACAACUUUUACUCUGUAAAUCUUAUUAUAUUGAGUAACUCCAGACUCGAGUUAUUGUUCAGUUUUUAUUUUUUGCAAUCAAAAUGGACAAAUUUU